CUCUCUCUCUCACUCUUGUACCACUCCACUUUAUUCUCUCUUCAAAAUUCGAUACUUUGUUUGCUCUGUACCCAUAACGAGGUUUUUCUCACAGACAACUCCCACAUUCUCACUCACUCUCUCUCUCUCUCUCUAUGAAUCCUGCAUUGUCUUGAUUUAUCCUUAGAAGGGCUGUGUCCUUCUCUGUUUCUUCCGCUUUGAGUUUCCUCUGUUUUCUCUCCUUCCAAACGCAGAAGAGGGAGUGCAGGAGAAAAGUACCCAGUGGGUUAUUUUGGAUUUUUAGCUUUCUGUUUGGAAGCCGGGAAAAUAAAAUGCCCACUUGGGUUCCCUUCAUUGCUUGAGAAAACAGGGGAUUUUCCCACUACCCAUUUUUGUUCUCUUCUUCUUCUAAGCAAAUCAGUGAGCUUUUCCCAUUGUUUCCCUGAAAAAAACCAGAGCUUUUGAGCCAAUUUUUCUUCCUGGGUUUUGAUUUUGUUGGUAUUCUUCUUCUUUCUCCAUCCGCAUUCAUUGCUGUACGUACAGAUAUCCAUUUAUGAAGCAGUGAAACAAUGACAGAUGAGAAUUGCAAGAAAAGCAAGCUUUCAUGGCCCAAGACACUGGUUAAAAAAUGGUUCAACAUCAAGAGCAAAGCCGAGGACUUCGAUGCAGACGACGCCGUUUAUGGAGGUGGUGAUGGAGAGUGGAGGAACAACUAUUCAGAGAGAGAGGCAUGCACAACCAAGAAAAGUAAAACAGAAAGGUUGAGCAAGAGGCAUUCGGAUAGAAUCCGGCGGGGUAAGAUUGAUAUGGAAGCAUCACAAGUUACAGAUGUACAUAAUUAUAGGAUCUUUGUAGCUACAUGGAACGUGGCUGGAAAAUCUCCUCCAAGUUGUUUGAAUCUCGAAGAUUGGCUUCAUACCUCUCUUCCUGCUGAUAUCUAUGUUCUUGGGUUUCAAGAAAUAGUUCCUUUGAAUGCCGGCAAUGUUUUAGGCACGGAAGACAUCGGGCCUGCUAAAAAGUGGCUAGCUCUUAUAAGGAAGACUCUAAAUAAUCUUCCUGGAACAAGCGGUACUUGCCAUACACCUUCACCAGUUUCUGAUCCGAUUGUAGAAUUAGACGCGGACUUUGAGGGAUCAACUAGGCAGAAGGCUUCCUCUUUCUUUCACCGCAGGUCCUUCCAAUCCUUGAGCCGCAGCAUGAGAAUGGACAAUGACAUGUCAAUGCCACAACCCAGACAUGAUAGGCGAUUCAGCGUUUGUGAUCAGGUUAUGUUUGGGCACAGACCAAGUGAUUAUGAUCCCAAUUACAGAUGGGGUUCCUCUGAUGAUGAGAAUGUACCUGGUGAUUCACCUGUUGUGACACAUUAUUCACCAAUGUCCAACAGUGGGUCUUUCUCAAUGGAGGAUAGAGAUAGACAGCUAGGCCACUCGAGAUACUGCUUAGUUGCCAGCAAACAAAUGGUUGGUAUAUUUUUGACAGUGUGGGUAAAAAGUGAUCUGCGAGAUGAUGUUCGCAAUUUGAAAGUGUCUUGUGUUGGAAGAGGAUUAAUGGGCUAUCUCGGAAAUAAGGGUUCAAUUUCAAUUAGCAUGUCUUUGCAUCAAACAAGCUUUUGCUUCAUCUGUACUCAUCUGACCUCGGGGCAGAAGGAAGGAGAUGAACUUCGUAGGAAUUCUGAUGUCAUGGAGAUCCUUAGAAAGACAAGGUUUCCCUGGGUUCAUGGCAUGGGAGACGAAAACUCUCCUCAAACUAUACUAGAGCAUGAUCGAAUUAUUUGGCUUGGGGAUUUGAAUUAUCGCAUUGCCCUUUCUUACCGCUCUGCAAAAGCUCUUGUUGAGAUGCGCAACUGGAGGGCAUUGUUAGAGAAUGACCAGCUACGAAUAGAGCAAAGAAGAGGACGCGUUUUUGAGGGUUGGAAUGAAGGGAGGAUAUAUUUCCCUCCGACUUACAAGUAUUUAAAUAAUUCAGAUCGGUAUGCAGGUGAUGAUAGGCACACCAAGGAGAAGCGAAGAACUCCAGCAUGGUGUGAUCGUAUAUUAUGGUAUGGAAGAGGCCUCCAUCAAUUAUCUUAUGUUCGUGGGGAGUCGAGAUUCUCAGAUCAUAGGCCAGUCUACGGCGUAUUCCUGGCAGAGGUUGAGUCCAUUAACCGAAGCCGAAUAAAAAAAAGCAUGAGUUGUUCCAGUUCCAGAAUCGAGGUAGAGGAGCUGUUGCCACAUUCUCAUUCAUACACCGGCCUUAAUUUCUAUUGAAGGGUGGCCUUUCCCUUCUGAUAAUUUACUGUUACAUGCUCAGCUGAGGACAUCUGAAUCAGAUUUACUGCACUGUUACAUAAGGAAAUCCUACAAACACAAAGUGUCGUUACUGAAACACAAAAUUAUUAGGAAUUCCAACCCCGUUUCACCUCCUCAAUCAUUCAGUUGAAAAUUUUUUGGUCCCCCAAAUUGCAAGUGGGCACAAAAACUGCUGAUGGGGGUGAUAAAGACACUGUGUUUUGCCCACAAUCCAAAAGAAGGUUUCAGUUCUUUUCAUCCCCAAAUUUCUCAAUUGGCAAGCUUGGAAGUUUCUGGAUUGAGUGAUCUUGGUAAUCAGGAAGAGCUGACCUAGUUUCGGAGGCGUCAAGUUAGUUUGACAUCAAACUUGUUGACAAAUCUUUUUCAAUAAAAAAAUAAGAUAAAUCAAGAAGUUAUGAGUGGAUAAAAGUAGAGGAGAAAAUCACUACUGUAAAGCUUAAUUUUUUAAUAUAUUUUGUUUGUACUGGAUAAAGAAAAAAAGAAGUGCGAGAUGUGAUGGAUACUCAUUACUUGUGAAUAAAAUGGAAGAAAUUGAACA